CUUGAGCCUCAGUUCAGUCCUCGGUACUUCUAAUAAUGUCUGGUCCGCAGAUCUGAGGCGCCGGGCAGGCGUGUAGGCACAUGCGCACAAAGUGACGAUAUCGAUGCUGAUGUUGACCUACUUGCUACCUACCACCUGUGCUUCCUUCCCGAGGUCCGGUGCGAGCGGCCUGUCACGUCUCAUUAAGCAAUUAGCGCCUCUAAUCCACUUGCGCCUCCGUCAUGCCGCGAGGGACUAAAGAGCGAAGCGGCUUUGGAUCAGCGCAGAGACGCGCAGCAUACCCGAGGACUUCCUUGGCAUUUGGGGUUCUCCCGCUGUUCCUCCAAGAUGGCCACCCUCAAACUCUUCACCCGACCGGAGCGGGUGGAGGGUGACGUGCUUCAAAUGGCCUGAUAAAAGCGCCCCCCGCCCCCUCAACCGCACGUGCUGACUGGAGAGACCACGAACAGUCAUGGGAUGUGGCGUCACCAAGUCCAACCAGUUCCAAAGACACGCGGUCAAAGCCAUAAGGGCCGCCGUGCUGAUCCAGCAGUGGUACCGUCAGUACGUGGCCCGCAUGGAGAUGAGGAGGAGGUACACCUGGCACAUCUUCCAGUCCAUCGAGUACUCGGGGGAGCAGGCUCAGAUCAAGCUGUACAACUUCCUGGGCUACCUCAUGGACAACUUCACACCAGCCAGCGACGAACGAAACCUGAUCUCGCACAUCUUCCGGGAGAACGAGGUGUGUCACGACGCCGAGUGGGAGCGCUACUUCUGCUACAAGAACAUCGAGGUGCCCGAGAUCUACUCGGGGCCGCGCCUGCGCUUCCCUCUGACCGCGGAGCAGGCCGUCUGCCUGCUGGAAGCCUUCAGGAACAAGAAACAGCUGCACUCGCGCUACGUCCUGCAGCUCCUCCUGGAGACCUGGAAGCUCUUGCGCAUGUUGCCCAACAUCAGCCGCAUCUCCACCUGCCACAGCAAAGAAAUCACCGUUUGCGGUGAUUUGCACGGGCAGCUGGAAGACCUGCUGUUGAUUUUCUACAAGAACGGGACGCCGUCCCUGGAGAAGCCUUACGUCUUCAACGGGGACUUUGUGGACCGCGGCAAGGACUCCAUGGAGAUCCUCCUCAUCCUCUUCGCCUUCCUGCUGGUCUACCCCACCGAGGUGCACCUCAACCGAGGCAACCACGAGGACCACCUCAUCAACCUGAGGUACGGCUUCACCAAGGAAGUGUUGAGCAAAUACAAGAUGCACGGCAAACGGAUCCUCAAGCUGCUCCAGAAGAUCUUCAGCUGGUUACCGCUGGCGGCGGUGAUCGACCAGAAAGUUCUGGUCCUGCACGGCGGCAUCUCGGACUCCACCGACCUCGGCGUGCUGGCCAAAGCGGACCGACGCGCUUACGUUUCGGCGCUUCGGCCUCCCAAGAAGAAGCGGCGGCAGCGGAGCUCCGCCGGCACGUCCGUCGACUCUGACGCGGACGACGACUGGGCCAAUCGCAGGCUCUUGCGGCGGCGGGCUUCCCUCGUCUUCCCGAAGCCCGCGGUCAGCCGCGACGGCUUCCUCAACCGCUCCCUGCGGGACUUUUCCGAUCGGAUCGAGCUCGGCGCGGAGGACGAGGCCGAGCGUUUGGGGAGCUUCGGCGCCGAACGAGAAGCCCGCGCCUCCCUCGACUCGCUCGGGAGCGACGGCGCCAAGGAGGAGUGGAAGCAGAUCCUGGACCUGCUGUGGAGCGACCCCAUGUCGCAAGACGGCUGCAUACCCAACGAGCUGAGGGGCGGCGGAUGCUACUGGGGCCCCGACGUCACCCGGGACUUCUUGAGCAAGCACAACAUGCAGCUCAUCGUACGCUCGCACGAGUGCAAGCAAGACGGCUACGAGUUCUGCCACGACCGCAAGGUCCUGACGCUCUUCUCGGCCUCCAAUUACUACGACGUGGGGAGCAACCGAGGGGCCUACGUGAAGCUGGGACCCGACCUGGUGCCUUACGUGGUGCAGUACCAGGCCAGCAGCAUGACCAGAGAGCUCACGGCCCAACAAAGCGUCGGGCAGACGGAGCGCUCCGCCCUCAAAGUCCUUCGGGAGCAGCUCUUUUCCCACAAGUCGGACCUCAUUUGGGCCUUCAAAGCUUUUGACUCCCACAACACGGGUCUGAUUUCGGUGACGGACUGGGCGACGGCGGUGGAGGGCGUGAUGCGACUGGGCCUUCCCUGGCGGAUGCUGCGCUCUCAGCUGGUCGGCGGCAAGAGCGGCGACGGCCUCAUCGACUACCGGCAGUGGUUCGACCAGCUCGCCAUCAAAGGGGCCAACGCUGACCAUAUCGACCAGAGUCUGCUUGAGACCUUGUACCGCCAUCGCUCCACCUUGGAGACCAUCUUCAGGAUCGUCGACACCAAUAACUCAGGUUUCAUCUCACCCUCGGACUUCCGUCAGACGUGGAAGCUCCUGAGCGUGUACCUGAAAAUGGAGAUCACGGAUGAGGCCAUCUCAGAACUGACGGUGGCCAUCGACAGCAACCGUGAC